AUGAUUAAUAUAAUACAAGUACGUGUAUCAAUUGAUUCAUCAAAUAGUUGGAUUGUUCAAAAUAAGAAUGAAGGUUUUAUUAUUGAUUGUGGUUGUUAUUGGGAACAUGGUAUAGUACUUGGUCAAACAUGGCGUCAACAAUUUUCUAAUGAAACAUUACCAUCAUUUAUAUAUCUUACUCAUACACAUCCCGAUAAUAUUCUUGGUCUUGUUAGUCUUUUAAAUCAAUUGAAUGUAACACAAUUACCAGUUUAUGUUAGUAGUGUAAGUGCUUUAAAUGAAAUGAAUUAUUGGUUAGAAAUUUGGCGACAAGUCAAUCCAUUUGAAACAUCAAUAUUACUUGAUAAACGACAAUCACCAGAUGUAUUUUUAUAUAACAAUCAUGUUAAAGUUCUUGAUCAUCCUAUAACAAUAUUUAAUAAUGAAAAAAUACAUAUCAUAUCCAAUUUUCCAACAGCUGAAUCAAUUUAUUCAUCUAUGAUUUAUAUUCCUUCAGCUCAAGCUUUAUUUACUGGUGAUCUUAUUGCUGUACAAAGUCAUUUAUUUGUAUCACCAUCAGAUACAUAUCCAGAUUCAGAUGUUCAUGUUUGCAAUUGGAUAGGUAUUUUACAAAGUAUUAGUUGUGCAUUUCCUCAAUCUACACAAAUAUAUCCAGCACAUGGAGAUGGACCAUCACCCAUGUCAUUUAUUGAUACAGUUGAAACAAACAUCCGUUGGUUAACUUAUAUGAGAGCACUUAUAUUUAAUUCAUGUAACACAACAUUUGUUAUGCGUAUUUUAGAAGAUGUUUUUCGUAAUUAUUCAAAUAUUGAACAAUCUCGUGCUUCUCUUGCCAAUCGAAUACCACAUUCAGCUAUGUCAGUCGGUUGUAAAUGUCUACAAAAUUCUACAAAUACAUGUGGUGGGCUUCAACCACCUUCCUGUCAAUUCGUACCUAAAAACAAAACUGAAUCAUCACGAUCAACAGCACUUUCAAUUGCUUGUAUUCAUCAAGAAAUCUCAUCAUCAUCACCAUCAUUUAUAUAUCCUACAAUCAUAUAUUCUUUCUUAUUUAUAAUUCUAUUAGAAAAUAUAUUUUAA